AUGGCGAAGCUCGCGGCCUGGGCCGAGCCCUUCGCGGCGGCGCAGAGCCGCCGCUGGCCCGCGGCGCUGCUCGUCGCCGCCGCUGCUGCGGUGCUCUGGGCGUCGCCGUCGCCGGCGCUCGCAGCCCUGGCCCUGGCGCUCUACUCGGCGGCGCUGCUCGCGCUCGCCGCCGAGGCGCACGCGGACGUCGCGCCGCCAAUACCCGCGCCGACGCGCGGCGCCGACGUUUCGCCCAAGGCGACCGCGCCGGCCGCCGCGCGCGGCGCCAAGGCCGCCGCGCCCGCCGGCGACGCGGGGGGCCUGCGGUGCGUCGUCGCCGACGCGGGCGGCGCGCGGCGGCCCUGCGGCGCAAAUGGCGUCGCCGUGCCCUUCCGGACGCGCUGCCUCGAGGGCCACGUGCGCUUCGCCGCGCGCGCCGAGGGCGAGGCGCGCACGGCGAUCGCCGUCUCCGCGUCGCUGACCGAGGACGCGCCCGCGGCGCCGCCGCGCGUGCUCUGGUUCGGCGUCGAGCUCCAGGACGGCGACUACAAGGCCCCGUCGCGCGCGUUCCGCGCGACCGUCGGCGGCCUCCUGGGCCUCGCGCGGCGCUUCAUGAAGUGCGAGGUGAGGUACGGGCUGUCGGGGACGCCCUUCAUCGUCUUCGACGCGGCGCACGCGGCGGAGCGCUUCGAGCUCUGGGGCGCCGACGGCGUCGUCGAGCCGCCGCUCGAGGCCGCGGACGGGUCGCCGUCGGUGCGGCCCGCGGCGUCGCGCGACGCGGACUCCGUGCUGAAACGCCUCUUCGAGGCGCGCGAGUCGAGCUUCCUCGCGCUGUCCUGGUACACGAAGUUCGUCGACUUCGCGGCCUGGAAGAUCGUGGAGCUGCCGGCGUUGUUUGGAAGGGAGAUGGCGCUGACGCGGCUCUGGGGCGACGCGGCGAUGCGCCUCGUGCUCUUCAGCGAGGACGACGAGGGGUGUAGGGACUACUGGUUCGCCAUGGACUUGGACCCGCCGGAGGACGCGCUCGCGGCGCCGCGGCGGCUCGCCCCCGCGCCGUCGGCGUCGGACGUCGCGCGGCCCCCGGCCGUCGUCGUCGACGGCGACGUCGCGGCCCGCGCGUUCCUGAGGGCCGUCGGCGGCGCGCUCCGCGCCUACGACGCGGCGUCCGCGCCGUCGUCCGCGUCGCCCGACGACCUCGUCGUCCGCGCCGAGCGGCGGCGGCGCGCGCUCGCCGCGACGCGGUGGACGCGGCCCGACGCGCGGAAGCUGCUGGCGCCGGGCAGCCUCUACGACUUUUUGGCGGCCGCGCCUCCCGACGGCCGCGGCGCCGCGGCGCUCGUGGAAAUCUUCGCACACGGCUGGAUCGCGGGGCGGAUUUCCGUGGACGACGGCGCGGCGUCCUUCGCGCCCGACGCGCGGCCGUCCGUCUUCUCCUCAGGCCCCGCGCUCGCGGACGUGCUGAGCUUCAAGUCCGUGUCCCGCGUCGACGUCUGUUUGGACCCCUCCCUGCCGGGCCUGGGCGUCGCGACGCUCGCCACGCCGCACCGGCGCUGGCGCGUGGCGCUGGCGUCGGUCGCGGCCGCGGAGCGGCUCCGCGCGGCCGUCGGCCGCGCGCGCGAGCGGCCGCGGUCGCCGCUGAAGCGGCACCGCCGCGACGCCGACUACUCGUCCGCGGGGGGCACGGGCGCCCUCUACCGCUGGUCCGCGCGCGCCGCGGGCCACGUCGACGGCCUCCACGAGUUCGCGGGACCGCGCGUCGUCCUCAACCGGUUUUGCACGAAAGGAGACAACAGUUCUACCGCCGACGUCGCGGCGCUGCCGGGCCGGGCGCUCGCGCUGCUUCUGGACGCGACGGCGGGCGACGACCUGGGUGUACUCGAGGAAGCGCUCGAGGCCUGCGCGGCGCUGCGGUCGCUGGACGGCGGCGCGGUCGCGCGGCUGCGCGGCGCCGAGGCGACGGCGUUCGCGUUGAACCUCUACCACGUCGUCGUCGCGCACGCGCAGCUCGAAGGCGCCUUCCCCGUCUGGGGCGGCGACGGCGAGCUGCGGGACGUGGCGCUCCUGAAGCACCGGGUGUUGCCUUCCGUGCUGUCGCUCGCGGACGCGCUGUCGCGCGCGACGUACGUCGUCGCGGGCAAACCCGUCGCGCCCGCGGACCUCGAGCACGGCGUCAUCCGCAAGUUCAGCGCGCGCGCCGCGACGAUCUUCAGCGGGCUCGUCGUCGCGGACCGGCCCUGCCCGCUGGCGCUCGCCGCGCCGGAGCGGCGGGACCCGCGGCUCGGGCUGGCGUUACACGCGGGCGUCGCGGCGUCGGGCCCCGCGCGCGUGCCCGUCUACGCCGCGGCGACCCUCGACGCGCAGCUGGACGCGACGGCGGCGCGGGUGGUGGCGCACUUUUUCCUCUCGAACGAAGCGCAGAUCACGUUGCCGCCGGUGGCGCGCUACUUCGGCGACGACUUCGUCGACGGCGGCGGCGCGGACCGCGCGCGGCUCGCCGGCGCCGUCGCGGCUUUUUUGCCCGGCGACCUGAAGGCGACCUUCGCGGCGCGGCGCCGGCGGAAGUUGCCCGUGAAGAUCGCGGCCUUCGACUGCGCGGCGGCGGCGCUCGCGCCGUUGGACGGCGGCCGGCCGCGCGCGGGCUACUUCGACGAGAGCGGCGACGACGCGAGCUCGACGACGACGGACGUGUCCCUGCCGCGCGCGCGGUCCGCGUCCUACUAA